AAAAUAGACAAAAAGAAAGAAAACCCACUUCAUACUAAACCAAACCACAGAGAGAGAGAGAGAGAGAGAGAGAGAGAGAGGAACCUCUCUGGUUGUUUGUGACAAGCUUUCCUCUUUCUUCUUCUUCCUUCUCCUGUUCUUUUCCUUUUCAAUGCAAUAUGAGGAAAACCAAAAGCUCCACAAAGUUUCGUUUCUUCCUGUGAUUGAACUCCAGAAAUAUCAGUCACAGUUUUCGAUUCUAGCUUCUCUUUGAAUAUGGUUCAAAGGAAGGUACCCUGCAAGCUUGGUAUCCAAGCUGAUCAUCAUGUUAAAUCUGAUAAGCGCUUGGCAAAAAACUUGAACCAAGAUGGGAAAACCAGAGGAGGAGCUGAUAUGAAGAAGAAAAUGAAGAAGUCAAGGUCUAUUAGGCUUUCUGAUAUGGAGAUUCUCAGAUCAUCACCACCUUCAAAGAAGAGCUUCUCUCAACCAGAAAAGCCUUCUUCUUUUGUUCAAGUUUCUCAUUCUGUAUCAUCGUCUUCUCCACAGAAGCUGACACCUUUGAUCAGAACAAGUGAUGGGUCACCCAAUUACAUGAAGCCCACAAGCAGUUCAGAUGCAAAGAAGGAGCUUUUCCCAUUGAGUCUUCGAAACUCCAAAUCUAACUCAAAGUCUAGCUCUAGCUCUGUUUCUGCUAAUAAGCCUGCAAAAACUUUGGCAAAGUCAUCACCUAGUUUGAGGCUUGUGAGAACCUUAACGAAGACUCCAAGUUUCAAGAAAUCCUCUAGAGUUUCUCUUUGUGCUGAUAUGAAUGCUCAGAGAGGUACCUGUUCUUCAACUUUGAAGGACUCAAAGUUUCCUCCUUACCUGAUGCUUAACCCUGGGGCCACUGAGUCUGAAGGCACUUCAGUUAUGAAGGUUUGCCCAUACACCUAUUGUUCUCUGAAUGGUCAUCGUCAUGCUCCUUUGCCUCCAUUGAAGAGCUUCUUGUCUGCAAGGAGACAUUUGAAGACUCAGAAGAGUAUGAAGCUGGAAGCUCUUAGCCCUCGGAGGUUGAAGGUACCCUGCGAGCCAAAGAAGGAAUCUGAUACUUAUGUGGAUUUCUUCAUCGAAAUCUAUGCUAAGAAAAAUGGGGGUGAAGAAGAAAUCAGAUGCAUGGGCUCCGCCAGAAGAUUUGAGGAUGAAGAAAACAUCAAAUCUACAAUGGAGGAGAAUAACUUGAAGGCACAAGGAGAUGAUGUUAUGAAGCAAGUUGAUGCAAGCCUGUCUGAUGGAUCUCCAAAGUCUGAGAUAGAUUCGGAAGAGGAUUAUGGAAAGUGCUUUGAUGAUGCUAAGAUUGAAGCAGAUUUGAAGGGGAGCUUUCUUCAAGAACAAGAAGCCGAAUUUGCAGAUGAAAAGCCCUUAUCUAUCGGGUCUGGUGAAGAAAUAAGCAUUGAAAGCUGCUGCAGUGAGGUUAGCUAUGAAGGAGAAAUGGGUGAUUCUAAUUCUGAAGCUUCCGAUAUGGAGUGGGAGCAUGAAAAGGAUGAUGUUGAUUCUUCUGUUCUCACAGAGGAGAAUGAUUCAAAAGUUGAAUCUUUAUCUGAGAGUUCAAAUGAUGUUUCUGUGGUGUGGUUAGAUGGCAUCAUUAACAUCUAUUAUGAGGAUAUUGUUGCUGAAGUUUCCCAAGAAUCUAACACCAAAGAAAGGUUCUGUAUUGAAUCACAACAUCAUGGGAUCAAUUGUGAUUUGGAAGGGACGCAUGAAAGCUUGGAGACUCAAGAACCUAGUAAGUCACAAGAACAAGUGAAUUGUGAGCAAUCUUUUUUGGCUAAGAAAGUGUGGGAGGAAUUGACAGACACAGAAGGAAACUGUGGAGGAAAUGAAACAGUCAUGGAUGCCACAGUGUUCUCUUCAAAUUUCACUGACGGGAAGACAUUUGAAGAACUAGAAGAAAUCGACGAGGAGAAUCAGGACAAAAAUGAUGUUUCUAAGGCAGAGAAUUCAACGAACAAGACAUUACUGGAACUGGAUAACGAUGAGGCAGAUCACAUCACUACAGUAGAUAACAGUACCUUGGAUGAAAAGGAAACUAUGUCUCUCCAACAAGAUGAUUCAAGUAUGUCAGAGGCUGACCAAAUUUCAGGUGCUUUCAAGGAAUGUUAUGAAUUAAAUCAGCUUGUGACUGAGGAAGAUGGUCCUGAGAAUCAUUUUACCCCAGAGGAAGAACCACUUGUAGCUGAGACUAAUAAUAAAAUGGAAGAGAAGGAUAAUGCCGAUUUCAAGGAAGAAAUGGUUGAAAGUUUUAUUUCUGAUGCCUCUCAGGAUUGUCAUGAAGCUUCCGAGGGUGAUAGUAGCCAAGUUGAUAAGGCGAGUGAACCUUGUGAGGCUGAUAAGGUCAGUGAAGAAGAGAAGAACUCAAGCCAAGAUAUUAGUGAAGAAGAGAAGUUAGAGAGCCCAAGCAGCAUUGGUGGUGAAGAACAGAGCCCGUGCAGGAAAUGGAUAGGGUCUGAAAGGCGCAAGAGAGGGGUUCAAGACGAGGAUGAAAUGAGGAAGAUCAAACCCCGGGAGCCAAAUUUCCUCCCUUUGGUUCCAGAUCCAGAAGGAGAAAAGGUUGAUCUGAAGCAUCAGAUGAUGGAUGAGAGAAAAAAUGCAGAGGAAUGGAUGCUUGAUUAUGCACUGAGACAAACUGUCACAAAGCUUGCUCCUGCUAGGAAGAGGAAGGUGGCACUGCUAGUGGAAGCUUUUGAAUCCGUAAUCCCAAUGCCCAAAUGUGAAACUCGUAUGAGAAACAAGUCAUCCUUUGCACAUCCAUGGCCUAUUCAAGCUUGUAGCUGAGAGUGCUGGUGAAAAUUGGAGGUAAGAAACUUGGACUAUCAUCCUCAUGAGAAGCAGAGGUAGCAGAAUAGUAAGAUCACCAGGAGAAAGCCAUUUUCUAGGGAGCAAUCUGCAAUGACAUUAUAACAAUUAACUUCUUGUGAAACUCUUCUCUGUAACAUGGAGGCAAAGAAAGAAGCUUCAAGCAAUAAGGGAAUUAGGGUUCCACAAUGGAAACCGUAACCCCUAAAGGAAUUUUGUGGUUCUUACUUCUUCUUGCUAAACUCUGUGGGUCUCAAUGUUGUUUACUAUCCGUAGCUGUGUUUGAUACACUAAUAUUAUGUUUGCUAAAAGAGUUUUUUUAUGUCUGUGGAGUGUUUUAAUCUAUUGUACUUGUUUGUAUUAUGCAGAAGCAGAACUGAUUAUGUAUGUUACGUUAUUUCAUUUAUUCAUUUGCGUUGACAUUUACAGUCAUGGAAAUGCAACCUGAGGAGUAAAUUUGUC